AUGUGGCACGAGGGUAUUCGGUCGAAGAAAACAUCUAGGUCCGCUUCUAUCAGAAUUUCUCCUAAUCACGUAAAAGGCACUCAUUGUGUCGGGCCGAAGCGCGACGCUCGGACGGCUUGGAAGCGCGAGAGGAGGUCCGUCAGUGCGCCGCGCCGACCACCGCCGUUUCAACUGGCUUCUAUUGUCGCUGAUAAGCAUCUCCGUUUACGUUCGUUGCGCGCCCUCGCCCGACGCAAAAAAGACAAGUCCUCGCAGGCGAGUCGCCGGCGGCGGCACGCUGCAGGACCGCUUCGAUACUUUUUAAACCAAAUGCAGAUGAUUGAUAUAGCCGGCGGCGUUUGUUAUUUUGCAAUCCUCGACGACGCUGCGAGAACUACGCUCUUCAAACAUUACAACUUCGAGAAUAAACCCCUCAAAGCUCAGGCGAGACCACCGCUCGGCGGAGGAUCGCAUCGGGAAGACUUCCGCGAGCUAUACAAUAAAUAUUCUAAAAUUAUAAGGUGCCAUUUACAAGUGCGGCAACGCGCUGCGAACGUUGCGUCGGUAGACUGGAGAUCAUUCGUUGAGCGGGAUGCGGGCGAAGGUGCGACGAGCGGGACGGCUCGGCCGCUGUCUGGAAGACGUCGAGUAGGCACUAAGGUGACGGACGAUUCUUAA